CCGGACAGACUUAUCGACGAUCUCUCUACUUGUCUUUGGCAUCACUUCCUCGGUGAGGAAUCUUCACCAUCAUAAGAGUCGUGAACGAACAUCUGAGUAUAAUUUGCCAUUUGAGGAUGGCCGCGAUGCUGUCCAACUGUUCGCGGUUCGUGCCUCGUGCAAUAACACGAAUUAGUAUAUCACGAACGAAGGUUGUGAGGUCUUUAUCUAGCCAAGGGCGCAUACUAUUUAUCCACACCGAACAUGUGAUCAACAAGAACUCUCGAUUGUGUACAAAAUAUAAGAAAUUUCACUGCCGGAUAGACCAAGCAAGAUAUAUACAUUCAACAUCUACAUUAUGGGACUUAAAGGAAGUUGUAGUACCAGCGUUUGCAGAAAGCGUAAGCGAAGGAGAUGUCAGAUGGGAAAAGAAAGUUGGCGAUCAAGUUAAGGAAGAUGAUAUCCUGUGUGAAAUUGAAACAGAUAAGACUUCAGUUCCUGUACCAGCACCCGGUUCUGGUGUUCUAAAAGAAAUCUUUGCAAAAGAUGGUGAUACUGUAAAACCGGGACAAAAAUUAUGUACUCUUGACAUUGGUGCUACUGGUGGAGCAGCACCAGCAGCAGAAGCACCAAAGCCUGCUGCAACGGCUCCGCCUCCACCAUCUGCACCUUCUGCAGCACCUCCACCACCACCACCACCACCACCGCCGCCGCCACCGCCGCCUACAUCAGCUGCACCACCUCCACCUCCAGCAGCUCGUCCUCCACCUCCGCAAGCACCUACAGCCUCCAUGCCAGUUGCUGCAAUUAAGCAUGCUCAAUCUUUAGAAGGUGCAAAAGUUCAAUUACCUCCCUCUGAUUACACACGUGAAAUAAUUGGCACAAGGACAGAACAGCGAGUGAAGAUGAACAGGAUGCGAUUACGUAUCGCGGACCGACUAAAAGAAGCUCAAAAUACAAAUGCUAUGUUGACAACGUUUAACGAAAUUGACAUGAGUCGUAUCAUGGAAUUCCGUAAAACACACCAGGAAAGCUUUACGAAGAAGUAUGGUUUGAAACUUGGAUUUAUGAGUCCAUUUAUUGCAGCAAGUGCUUAUGCAUUGAAAGACCAACCAGUAGUAAAUGCUGUAAUAGACGGCACUGACAUAGUUUAUAGAGACUAUAUCGAUAUCAGUGUCGCAGUUGCAACACCAAAAGGUCUUGUUGUUCCAGUUAUUCGCAGUGUAGAAAAUAAGAACUUUGCAAACAUUGAAAUCGCUCUGGCAGCUAUAAGCGAUAAAGCAAGAAAAGGCAAAAUAUCUGUAGAAGAUAUGGAUGGCGGUACAUUCACAAUAAGUAACGGUGGUGUCUUUGGUUCUCUCAUGGGAAUGCCUAUUAUUAAUCCGCCACAGAGCGCAAUUCUUGGAAUGCACGGAGUAUUUGAUAGACCUAUUGCAGUAAAGGGCGAGGUCGUAAUUCGUCCAAUGAUGUAUGUAGCUUUGACAUACGAUCAUCGAUUGAUCGAUGGCCGCGAGGCUGUGAUGUUUCUGAGGAAAAUCAAGGAAGCCGUCGAAGAUCCCAGAAUUAUCUUAGCUGGCCUUUAAACAUCGUAAAUAUUUACAUUCAAUCGCUUCGAAUACGCCUCUCAUCUCUCCCAAAACGUUUUGUAGGCGUUGUAUUAUAUUCUGUCCACCGAGACUUUUAUUUGAUACUCAAGAGACUCUUGAAUACUUACUGAUCAUUGUGAUAAACGAAAGUAAGGAAAAAUAUUAUACAGACAAGACAGUAUAAAAUGUUUCUUCUACUCGACAAUUUUAGUUUAUUAUGGAAGUAUCUUCAUUCACUCAUAUUUCAGUAUUCAACAAUACGAAGCUUUCUAUGAUAUAGGUUACGAUUUAAUUAAACUUGAAUUUAAGCGCAAUACAAGAGAAUGUUAUUGGCAUAAAGGAUUAUAUGUAUAUUUUAAUUUUUUUGUGACUCAAACUUGGACUACAUAAUAAUCGAAAGAAAGGGAAGAAAUUAAAUGCUACGUGGUACAAAAUAUAUUUAAAUUGAAAAAAAAAAAAAACAAAAAAUAUGUGCAUAACGGAAGAAAUUUCUAGUCUAUUACUUUAAUAUUGUUAUAAAAAGUUCAAACUUUAAUUGUAUUUUUUGAUUACCUUUAUCAAAAGUAGCCGUGAGCGUUGAAACGUUCUUUUAUAUAUCGUUUAUAUUGCUGGACAAUACUGUUUUUCGAUUCUACAAUACGUGAUGCCAGAGAUUGCGUGAGAUGCGUGUUUACCUUUUUCAGGAAUGAAGUAAAACAGCCACGAAUGUUUGUAACGAUUAUUCUAUUGUUUUUAAAUGUAUUUAUUUUCAUUUGGAUGGCCUUGAUCAGCGAGACGUCAUAAUGAAGCGAUAGACAAACAGCUAGAGGAUACUUUACUACAAAAAUAAAUGUAUCUGAACAAUUAAAAUAAAAUUUCACAAAGCUACAUGUUGUCAACAUUGUUGGAUUGUGUUCACGAAUGUUGCAAACUCUAUGAAACAUCUUAAAAAAGAAAAUAGAUUUUCUGCACAUGUGUAACAUUAAAUAAAAAGCUUGUACAUCUUUCUACAGGUAUAACAACUUUGCAAUUGAUUAUAAUCAUU